CAGGCCCCGCCCCGCCCCUCAAUACGCGCUCCGCUCAGCAGCCUGUGGAACGCGGCGGCGCUGCAGCUCUCGGUCCUUUGUGUCCCGGCGGCUGCGGCCUCUCAGCUCUUCACCCGGGCGAUCUCUCGGCCCGGUAGCCUCGCGCUCUCCGGUGACGGACUAUGUCGGCGGCAGGAGCGGGCGCGGGCGUGGAGGCGGGCUUCUCCAGCGAGGAGCUGCUUUCGCUCCGCUUCCCGCUGCACCGCGCCUGCCGCGACGGGGACCUGGUCACCCUCUGCUCGCUGCUGCAGCAGACGCCGCGCGCCCAUCUGGCCGCCGAGGACUCCUUCUAUGGCUGGACGCCGGUGCACUGGGCCGCGCACUUCGGCAAGUUGGAGUGUUUGAUACAGUUGGUGAGAGCUGGAGCCACGCUCAACGUCUCCACCACGCGGUACUCCCAGACACCAGCCCAUAUUGCUGCUUUUGGAGGACAUCCUCAGUGCCUAGUCUGGCUGAUUCAAGCUGGAGCCAACAUUAACAAACAGGAUUGUGAGGGUGAAACUCCCAUUCACAAGGCUGCUCGCUCUGGGAGCCUGGAAUGCGUCAGUGCCCUUGUGGCGAAUGGGGCUUAUAUCGACCUGAGAAAUGCCAGUGGCCUGACGGCAGCAGACAUUGCACAAACCCAGGGUUUCCAGGAGUGUGCCCAGUUUCUCUUGAACCUCCAGAAUUGUCAUCUGAACCGUUUCUAUAAUAACGGCACCUUGAAUGGGGGUCAUCAGAGUAUAUUUCCUAAUCAUAUUAGUAUGGGAACAAAUCGAAAGAGAAGCUUGGAAGACUCGGAAUCCUUUGGAGUAAAGAAAGCUAGAACUGCAGCUCAAAGCUUGGAUCAUGCCAUGCCACUAGUGAAUGGCGAGACAGAAGAUGAGGCUGACAAAAUGCACAUUGAUAGAGAGUUUGCCGUUGUAACAGGUGGGAGUGGACAGUUUCCUGUUAGCUGCAACAACAAUCCAGUGGUUGAAGACACCAAACAACAGGAGAGUGCUUCUGUUGGACCAAAAGAAAUAGAAAUAUAUACUGUUUCAGCAAUGCAAACCCCUUGUCGUUGCAAGAAUCAAUAUGAAAAACAGUAGCUCCGUAUCGAGUACAUUGACAAAUGGAUGUGUCAUCAGUGGACAUUUGGACUUCUCCUCCACGAGCCAGCUCAGUGGGAUGGAAAGCAGGAAUGGCCAGUGCUUGGCAGGAUCUACUGGCAUUAGCAGUGGAUCGGUCCCAGGACAGCCGUUUCCCAGUAGCCAGGGUUCGCUCUCUGUUAACGGGACUGAGGAGCCAGAAAAGACCAUGAGCGUUAACCCUGAGAUGUGCGGUUCUCUGCACUUGAAUGGGAGUCCAAGCAGCUGCAUAGCCAGUAGACCUUCCUGGGCAGAAGACAUGGGGGACAAUUUGCACUAUGGACAUUACCACGGGUUUGGGGACACUGCCGAAAGCAUCCCUGAGCUGAACAGUGUGAUCGAGCAUUCCAACUCAGUGAAGGUGGAGGAGCGGUACGACUGUGCCGUCCUGGGUACCAUGCACCUGUACCACGGCUCUUAAGUUCAGCGGCCUGGCCCUCAGAGACGCAGCCAUUCUCCCUGGUAGCCAACUCAGAACACUGAUGUAGCAUCAACUUGAAGUAAUGUCAUGACUUGUACUGUUUUUUAUGCUUUCUGAAAAAGUAAACUUACUCGACAAGUUCCCAGUGAGUGCUCGUUUGUGCAUGAGUAGGGCUUACCUAGUGCGUAGAUGUUUCUACAGUGGGGUAUUGGUCCUUUUAUAAAAUGCACUUUUGGAGGUCAAUUUUUCUGAUGCCAGUCUCAAUAUUUUGUUUUUAAUACUGUCACCAGAUACUGCCAUUUUCCCUUUUGUCAAAUUAAAUCACACACUCAAGAUAAACUGGGGCAGUAAAGGAGGUGCCUGGUACCUGAUCUCUGUUUGCACAGAGUCGUUUUCAAAGCUCGCUUUCACUCUUCCCUGUAGAAUCUGCGACACAACACAGCUGUUUCCCUAUGCAAGGUACAGAGACUUCUUGGCAGUGAUUUGUAUGAAGAAAAGAACAUUUGUCUUUUCCAGUGUGUGUCAUUGAAGCUUGGCAAGUUGCCUUGUGGACACACAGUGGCUGGGGGUCAGCAAGCCCCCGUCAUGCUGCGGCUUGCUGCCUUGGGCCGCAGCCUGGCCAGUUCUGUUCAUUGUGUUUUUAUUCCACAUCCCCUACUUGGUCUCUAGAACAUUUACCACGGAUAACAGAUUCCUUUAUAUGUAGUGGAAGUUACUGUUUGUAGGAACUGUCAGGUCAAAAUAUUUAACUGACUCUUUUGACUUAUAUUUUCUUUUUUCCUUGUUCUUUGGGGGUUUUCUGCUUUAAAUAUACACCACUAUAUAUCCAAUUAACUGAGAGAAUUUUGUCUCUCUCUUAAUAAAACUGCAUUAAGUUCAAGAUUUUAUAGAAAUUAGCUUUUGUUUAGGCAACUAGUGGUUGCACUGUGCAAAUAUUGUAAUGAAUUUUUACUUUUCUGAUUUUUGUAAUAAAAAUUGGUGCACAUAGAGAAAAUGUCCAAUGAACAAACCAAUGUUCUAAGAGUGUUACUGACAUUUUGUUUUAAAACUGUCCUUUACAAAUUUAAUAAAAAACUCUCACACUCA